GCCGAGCUCUAGUAAGUAAAAUGUAAGCAGGCCGCUUCUCUGCAUUGAAGAAACUGCAGGUAGUUGUUCUAUUGUCAUUGUUGCGAGUACAACUUUUAGCCAUGGCUGCGGAUGACAGCGAUGCGCAGCUCUCCGCGAAGAUUGCCCACGUCUCGCACAUCGUAUUUGACCUGGAUGGCACUCUGCUUGAUACAGAGUCGAUUGCGGAUGAGGUUCUGGCGAUAGUACUCACACGCCAUGGGAAGGUUUGGGAUGGAAGAGGCGCUCAAAAUCGAAUGGGUAAACGGCCUCUAGAGGCAGCUGCUGCUGUGAUUCAGGAUUAUGGUCUGGCUUGUACUCCUCUCGAGUUAAACCUAGAAGUUCUAGAAUUGCUUCAAGAGAGAUGGAAAAAUGCGAGGACUUUGCCAGGAGCCGUUCGAUUAAUAAAGCAUUUUUACAGCCAUGGCAUCCCUAUGGCCAUUGCUUCUAGCUCUCCUGCAAGAAACAUCAAAAUCAAGCUGUGUCAUCAAGAAGGUUGGACGGAGUAUUUCCCAGUGGUGGUUGCGGGGGAUAUGGUCGAGAAUGGAAAACCUGCUCCUGAUAUAUUUCUAGAAGCCGCAAGCCGACUAAACGUGGAGCCAAUCAAGUGCCUCGUGAUUGAGGAUGCUCCGGCUGGUGUAUUGGCAGCUAAGGCUGCAGGAAUGCAAGUGGUGGCAGUUCCUUCAAUCCCAUCCAAGGAUGCCCGUCCACAAUACUCUUCAGCUGACGUAAUAUAUUCUUCUCUGUUGGAUUUUCAGCCUGAAGUCUGGGGCUUCCCCUCUCUAAAUGAUCGAAUUGGUGGCGCUAUACCUAUAGAGCCAUGGUACAUGGGUGGGCCAGUUAUUAAGGGCUUUGGUCGUGGCUCAAAAUUGCUUGGGACUCCCACUGCUAAUCUACCAACUAGUGCCUUUUCAAACCACUUGGCAAGUCACGUCUGCGGGAUCUACAUUGGCUGGGCUGGCUUGGCCAAUAGGGGUGUCUACAAGAUGGUGAUGAGCGUUGGAUGGAACCCCUACUUCGACAACAAAGAGAAGGCAGUGGAGCCAUGGAUACUUCAUGACUUCUCAGAGGACUUCUAUGGAGAGGAGCUCCGGCUCAUUGUUGUGGGGUAUGUCCGCCCAGAGGCAAAUUUUACCACGCUGGAAGAUUUGGUGGAGAGGAUUCACGAAGAUGGAAGAGUUGCCAAGGCAGCGCUGGAUAUGAAUCCAUUUUCAGAUUAUGCUGAAGAUAGCUAUCUUACUACCCCACUUCCUGUAAGCAUGUCCUCGAAUUAAGUCUACAGCAGACUUCGGAAUCCGAAGUCUUGUUAUCGAGAUGGGAGGGGAGGCUCUCAUUCAGACACAGAAAAAAUCCUGAAGUAUGUUGUAGGAAAUAUUUUCUUCGCUGAGAUUUUUUUUAGAAAUCUUCAGCUUAUUUUGGUAUAGCAAGAGGGAAGUUCUAUGUUAUGUAUGAUUGGUAUACUAUCCCAACUUCGUUUUUUUGAAUUAGGAUAAUCUCCUCUGCAAUGGCGAUGUAUCUUCUAUUACCCUGGAUAAUGUUUUCCCAUGGUAUUCUUUGAGGAAUUUUAGAUUUAGCUCAAAUUAUGUGUU